AACAUUGUUCUACCUUACACCGGUAUAUGUAUCUUUUAUUGUUGAACAGUAUACAUUUAUAAUAUAGUAUGUUGCCAAAAAUCAUCUUACGUUAUAAAAAGCAUAUAUGUUCCUUUAUUUGUGUCUCAUUCUUAGUUCGAUAUCUCAUAAACAGACAGAAGGAAAAAGAAUACGUUCAACUGAAUUAUAAUCACAGAAACUUAAAGCACAGUAUAAAUGAAAUACGAUUGGCAGGUCAAUCUUCGGUGCCGCCAUUAAAUAAUCUAACUUCUUCUUAUAGGCUUCUUAAAAAUCCACUUCAAUGUAAAAGUAAAUCGACCGUGUGUCCUACUGUUGAUAUUAUAUACCUGGUCAAAUCUUCUGUUGAAAAUAUUAGUCAGAGAAUGGCAAUCCGUGAUACAUGGGGAAUUGAAACAACUUUGCGUAUGGUUACAAUAUUUAUCAUUGGAUAUAGUGAAUCAUUUCAGUUAUUUAUAGAUUUGGAGUCUAAAAUGUACGAUGAUAUUCUACAAUUCGAUAUGCUAGAUAUAUACGAUAAUCUUGUGUAUAAAACAGUUUUCACGAUUGCCUGGUUAUGUGAUAUGAACAUCCAGACAAAAUUCGUUCAUUUUGUUGAUGAUGAUCGGCUGCUUAAUACACAAAACCUGUUGAACUUAGCUUUCAAACGUUUACCCGUAUUCGAAAUGAAAAUGAUAGGAUUUAAAGUUUCUCAUGCAAGACCGUACCGGAAAAGGUCUUCAAAAUGGUAUAUUUCUGUAAAUGAAUAUGAGUUCGAUUUUUGGCCUCCAUAUUUAAUAGGAGGAACAGCAAUUACAAAUAUGGUGGUUAUAAAAGCACUAAAAGACGGUAUUAACUAUUCGAAAGUUAUUAGAAUUGAAGAUGCAUACAUUGGAAUACUGGCAAACAUGCUUAAUAUUUCAUUGGAACAUAAUGAUGGGUUUUUGCCAGUCUUUGUUCCUGGAUACAAACUUCUUGAUAAAAUAUCAAGCCCUGAUUAUAAAAGUUACGAUAUAUUAACCAAGGAAUGGAACAUUCUGACAUCACAUCUCAUUUUUUAAUUAAAAUUUCAAGGUACAUUAUUGAUCUCUUUGGUCAACAGUGACCUUGUGAAUUUGAUAAUAACCUAAAAAAACCAAUGAAAAAUUUCGAUAGCAAAUAUAUUUUAUCAGUACUAAUUGACCUAUGUAUAAUAUAAUGGCGAUUAACUUUUAUCUGAAUCAUAAAAAAAAAAAUGCUUCCUAUCAACUACGUUAGAAAACAAGCGUUAUUAAUCUUGAGCAUUAUACACAAGUUAUAUAAACAAUCGGAGUUGUAUUCCAAAUGAAUUGUUUUUGAAGAAAAGGAUGGUUUAUUGGCAAAAAACAUCAGUUUAUUUUUUUAAUAUACAAUUAGGAAAAUGCGAUUGCAUCGCAACAUAGCAAAAGGCUGAAAAUUUCACUUUCCGAUUAAAAAUAAUUAAUUCGUCUUUCUUUCAAGCACAGAACUAUAUUUGAAUCAAAUGUCCUCAAUUGCUAAAUAACAAAGGAAUGAAAUAAAACAAAAAAUAACAUCUAUUUGACAUAUGGCAAAAUCCUAGGUACAUUAUUCAUAUGAUUUGCACCAUGUGACUAUAGCCCGUUAAUUAAAUUACCUCCCUUAGAUGUAGAUUGAAAGUAUAAAUUAUGUAACAAUUGCGGAUAAUUUAGUCUUUUUCCGUCUUAGGUCUAAAACUAACGUGUCUUUAAAAACUUCCUUUGACGGAUAUUUACAAAUAUAUUGUGUAAUUCCAAAGAAAAAUGCUUACAAUUUGACUAUUUGCGAAAUGGGAGAGUUGAAAUCAUCAUGUUUAUAAAGAAUUUGGUCGAAAACUUAAGAAAGCAGGUGAGUUAAAUGUUUUAACCUAAUAAAAACAACCUACAAGGUGUUUCCCUAAAUGCAAACUAAUCAUGAACAAAGUCUUCUUAGAUCUUGAUUUCUAUUUUGAAUCUUGCUUCUUUACGAGUAUUCAUUAUCUUAUAUAGCAAGUAUACUACUGCAACGCUUCCGAUUUUUAAACUGAAAAGGCAGAAUGUUUUCAAAGUAGACAAUGUUCAUUUGUACACGAACUGAAGGCUAAAAUCAUGUACAUUUCACCUUUAUGCGAACAAAAUUGUUAAUGUGACUUAGGAAUUGGCAUUUUUGCAUUUUGUUUAUAGGGCAGGUAUAAUCCUAUUGUAAUGGCCGUCCUCGUGAUAUGGCCGCUAUGAAAAUGUGAAAAGUACCACAAGUUUUGCCAUAUAAAUUUUAUAUCUACAAAUUUCUGCUAAAACAAAAGGAAAACCAGUGUUGAAACUAUCAGGUUGUUCAAAUUGAAUUUAAGUUCAUUUAAACAUAUUUUUAAAGAGGUUGGGCUUACUUUGUACAUCUACCAUUUUCAAUUUUUUUACAAAUCCAACUGUAAAAUCCUCUCCCAAACAGGAAAAGUAUUUUAAUCAAAUACAUCAGUAGUUAAGUUGACCAUCGAAUGUGAUGCUAUUUAAACAAAUGAGUUUUGUUCUUAAAGCAACCACGAGAUAAGUAAUUUCCAACUGAUUUUUACAAUCUUUUCUUAUGUUAUGUUUUUACACCAUUGUCCAAUAACCCCGACACAUUAUGUAUGUGCCUGUCCCCUGCCAGGAACCUGUCAUUCAGUGGUUGCAGUUGGUUGCUGUAUGUAAUAUCUGUUUUUCGUUUAUUAAUUUGUCAUAAAUCAAGCUGUUAGUUUUAUCGUAAAAAUAAACUCACAAUUUGUCAUAACGGGACCAUUUACAGCGGACUAUACUGUAUGGAUGGAUUUGUCUUAUAUUUGAAGAUUGUACGGUGACCUAUAA